AUGAGCAGGCCGGCUUACGAGCAGUUUACGGCUCAGCCACCCCAGCCUGCCGGCGACUUUGUCGUACAGCAACAGGGAGACGGGCAACAGGUACCCUUUCCUUUUUUCCAAUAAAACUAGUGUCAUUUCUUAACUUUCAGACACAAGAGCUCACGAUAGCAAAGUUGGAAAACUCCAUUUCCAUCAUGGAAGAUCAACAUUUGACUGCCGAUCCACGAUACGCCAAAAUGCAAGCCCUUAAGUCGAAACUCACGGGUAAAACGUUUAUAUUAGAAGGAUUUGUACGUCUUGUUUGCAGGUCAACCCGAAAUUGCGGGUCCCACAGUCAGUCCGACUCCUACUCCCACUCCGCCUUCUCAAGUUACCAGCUCUCAACUCAACCAACUUAGAGCGCAAGUAUGUUUUCUUUAUCGUACGUCCAGCUUUUUUCAUUUGCGACUCAGGUGAGCGCCUACAAACUUUUGGCACGAAACGAAUCGGUCCCACAAACUCUUGUCUCGGAAGCCGUCGUUCUCAAACCGAAGUCUACAACCAUCUUGCCAGAGCCAUAUGAAUACUCCGGUGAAUCGGAAACUGGCGAGAAGUUGCCAUACGAUUUGAUGAAGGCAUGUAAAAGACUCACUAAUAGUUAUUGAGGUAGUUUGUUCAGAUUUUCAAUUUGCACCAACAUCGUUGCAAUAGACCGACGGCUGUUACUGUCCCCGGUGGAAUCGACCCCAUGUCGAUGAUGAAAGAAAGAGAACACAGGUUUUCGAACUUUGAUUCUUGCCAUUCACUCGGUUUUUCGCUUCAGAAUCCAAAAUCGCAUUGGAAUACGCAUCCAGGAAUUGAGCAAUUUGCCUGCUGACAUUCCUCCCCAUUUGCACUUGAAGGCAGAAAUCGAGCUGCGAGCUUUACGCUUAGUCAAUCUUCAAACUCAAGUAAAUCGAAGAUUAUUGUAAAUUUACAUUGGUUUCUCAAAACAGGUGCGCAGUGAGAUUAUGAAUGCCCUGAAGCGGGACACGACUCUGGAAACGGCCCUCAACCCGUACGCCUACCGAAGAACAAAGCGACAGUCGCUUCGAGAAGCUCGAGUGACCGAAAAGCUUGAGAAGCAGCAAAAAAUGGAACAAGUCGGUGUUUCUUUUUUUUUUUUCAUUUUACUUAGGAUUGGUUUUAGGAACGCAAGCGGCGGCAGAAGCAUACAGAUCUGAUGCACGCGAUUAUUCAACACUCCAAAGACUUCAAGGACUAUCACAGGUUCAUGCCUUUUCGAAAAAACUUUCAAUUCGAUUUUCCAGGAACAACCUCAUAAAGCUCCAAAAGGCCAGGAAGGCUGUCAUGACGUACCACCAGAACAACGAGCGCGAACGCAAAAAGGACGAAAUCAAAAACGAGAAGCUCCGUAUGCAGAAGCUGAUGCAAGAAGACGAAGAAGGAUAUCGUGCUUUGCUCGAUGAAAAGAAGGCAAAUUGUUUCCGUUCAUCCGAGAAUCAUCUGUGCGCUUCAGGAUCAACGUCUCGUGUAUCUUUUGCAACAGACCGAUGAGUACGUCGAAAGUCUGUGUAGUUUGGUUCGUCAGCAUCAGACCACAGAGAAGAAGAGAAAGAGGGAGGAGAAGAAGUCUCAAGUCAAAAUUGAUGGUCAGAAAUGUUCAAAUUUUGUCUUUAUUCAAUUUCUUCAAGAUGGAGAAGCGCGGGUACAUGUAAGAGAAACGGCAACAGGCAAAAUUCUGACGGGCGACGAUGCGCCGAAGCCAGACGAACUGGAAAUUUGGCUGGAAACUCACCCAGGCUACGAGGUAAACUUUAUUGAGAAAUAGCUAGUGGUAUUCAAAAAUUGAAGAAAUUUUUAAUAAAGAAACCGAUUUAUUUUAUUUUUCGUUUUCAAGAAAAUCGUAGUGAAAACAUUUUAUAUUGUUCCUGUAGGUUGUUCCCCGCGAUCAACUUUCUGACGACGAAGACGAAGAAGUCGAAGCGCCGCAGCAAGUCGAAGAGAAGGACGACAUGUACGCUGGCCUCGAUGAGGAGACAAAGGCAUUUUUCUCCAUGUUUUCUCCUCUCAUUCAGAUUUCUUUUUUUUCUAGGCGAAAAUGAUCCUCGAAAAGGCGAGAAAUGAAGAAGAUGAGUACGACCAGAAAAGCAAGAAGCAGAUGGCCGACUAUUACGCCACGGCUCACAAGAUCAAGGAGAAGAUCGUUCAGCAACACUCUUCGAUGGGUAAUGAGGAGCUCAAGCUGAAGCCGUACCAGGUAUUUGUUACAUGUCUUCCGGCUAGAUAUUCUUGUGGUUCAGCUGAAAGGUCUCGAAUGGAUGGUCUCGUUGUACAACAAUAACCUCAAUGGAAUUCUCGCCGAUGAAAUGGGUCUCGGUAAAACUAUUCAGGUUGGAUCGUCUUUUUCUUGAAAAUAUUUCUCUAAAUUUUUUAGACGAUUUCUUUGGUCACGUAUCUGAUGGAAGUCAAGCAGAACAACGGUCCUUAUCUGGUCAUUGUUCCGCUUUCAACUCUUUCCAACUGGACCAUGGAAUUCAACAAAUGGGCGCCUACCGUCACCACUGUUCGUUUUGGAAUUCUUCGAUUGGCUAGUGAAAACUGUUCAGAUAAUUUACAAAGGAAACAAGGACGCUCGACGUCGCGUCGAAGCCACUAUCAGAAAAGGAGCUUUCAACGUGCUGCUCACCACUUACGAGUACGUCAUCAAAGAGAAGGCUCUACUCGGAAAGGUUGUUUCUUUUUCUAUCCAUCACUCAUCGGUGAGAUAUCAGAUUCGUUGGAAGUACAUGAUAAUCGACGAAGGCCAUCGUCUGAAGAACCACAACUGCAAGCUGACCCUCAUGCUCAACGGCUACUUCCACGCCCAACAUCGUCUGCUUCUCACCGGAACGCCCUUGCAAAACAAGGUCUUUUCCUGCUCUCUGCUCAAGACAAUAUCUGUUUUCAGCUUCCCGAGCUAUGGGCUCUGCUCAACUUCCUUCUCCCAUCCAUUUUCUCGUCCUGCGGCACCUUCGAACAGUGGUUUAAUGCGCCGUUCGCGACAACCGGAGAGAAGGUCGAGUUGAACCAGGAAGAGACGAUGUUGAUCAUCCGUCGUCUUCACAAAGUCCUCAGACCUUUCCUGCUUCGGCGUCUCAAAAAAGAGGUUUUCUCUUUUCCCGAGACUUUUCACUGAACUGUGUCUCUCCAGGUGGAGUCUCAACUGCCCGACAAGACCGAAUACGUCAUCAAAUGCGAUAUGUCCGCUCUGCAAAAGGUGCUCUACCGACACAUGCAGAACGGUCUUCUUCUCGACAGCAAACAGGUUUUUAUUUCUUUUUUUUAUUGCAAUUGAUAUCACUCGAUAGUUCAUUUUAUAGCGAAAGGAAAACGCUUUUACUAAAAAUUUUUUUCAAAGUUUUAAAAAAUACUCUGGAUAUUGUAUUGGAAUAUUUUUCUCUUUACUGUUUUGUGCAUAUCGUUUUAUUCCUUCUUUUCUUCCGAUAUUUUUUCGAGCAAUGCUUCUUCGAAUUCGUGAGAUUUUUUUUUUAUUGCAACGCCUACCUGUAUGCAAAUGAAAAAAAAAUCACAACUUUUUCUCAAGAAAUGUUUUGAUAGUGAAAAAGGAAGCAACUAAAAAAAGGUUAUAACACUUUUUAGUUAUAAAAAGUCUGAAAGAUGAAUCAAAAAACGUUUCAGCAAUCGGGUGGACGUGCUCUGAUGAAUACGGUAGUUCAUCUGCGGAAGCUGUGCAAUCACCCUUUCCUCUUUCACUCCGUUGAAGAUUCGUGUCGUGCCUUCUGGAAAGUGGACGACGUUUCUGGGUCGCUGAUUUUUGUCAUUUCCAUACUCAUUUCUGUUUUUCAGACAAGAUCUCAUGCGAGUGGCUGGUAAACUGGAACUGCUCGAUCGCAUUCUUCCCAAGUUGAAGGCGACAGGCCACAGAAUUCUGAUGUUCUGUCAGAUGACGACGUGCAUGACCAUUUUGGAGGACUUCUUCAACUGGAGAAGUGACUCUUUUCUGAGUUCGUCUUUUCAGAGGCUAUUGUUUCAGACUACAAGUAUCUGAGACUCGACGGAAGCACCAAGCCCGACGAGAGAGGCCAGCUCCUGGACAUCUACAACGCGCCCAACAGCGACAUCUUCCUGUUCAUGCUGUCGACUCGAGCUGGAGGUCUUGGUCUCAACUUGCAGACCGCAGACACCGUCAUCAUCUUCGACUCUGAUUGGAAUCCUCAUCAGGUUUGUCUCAUUUAUUCAAAUCAAAAAUGAAAAUUAAACUGUAGGAUAUGCAAGCUCAAGAUCGUGCCCACAGAAUUGGACAGAAACGAGAAGUUCGUGUCCUACGUCUCAUAACUGCCAACUCGGUCGAGGUUUUCACUUGAAAAGACUACUUUGAUCAAUUGAAUCUUUGCCAGGAAAAAAUAUUGGCAGCGGCUAGAUACAAACUUAACGUCGACGAGAAGGUUAUUCAAGCCGGAAAGUUCGACCAGCGGUCGACGGGCGCCGAGAGACGGCAGAUGCUCGAGCAGAUCAUCCGGUAGGUUGAGCGGUGCAAAGCCUUCUAUUCGACGGAUUGAAGGGCGGAGUCGGAGGAUGACGACGAGGAAGAGGUUCCAGACGACGAGACAAUCAACCAAAUGAUCGCCAGAAGUGAGGAGGAGUUCAACACCUUCCAGUCGAUGGACAUUGACCGGCGACGCGAGGAGGCCAAUCAGUUGCACAGGUGGGUAGUCAGGCAGACUGCGUCAAAAUGUCCAUUGCAUCUAGCCAAUUAAAAAAAAUCUGGAAUUGGUCAGAGAGGAAUAUACACGUAUAUGGUUCUAUAGCUUGAGGUUAUAAUCUUUAAUCAAAACCCAUGUGAGAAAAACUAACUCCUUUCUAUGCAUAUUUUUCAAGUAUUUGCUAUAUUCAGGAAGCCGCGGUUACUCGAAGAGAACGAGAUUCCAACCGACAUAAUCAAAGCUUCUGAUGAGUUUGAAGAACUGGAAAAGGCGCGAGAAGAAGGUCGUGAUCCGAUCAACGACGUCGCACCUGGAGCGCGGCGUAAAAGAAGAGAGGCGAGAUGAGGAAAGAGGAAUUAGAAUAAAACUCGUCGUGACAGGUGGACUACUCGACGGACCUGAUGACCGACGACCAGUUCAUGCGUCAAGUCGAAGAGGAGGAAGACGAGCAGGAACGACGCAAAGAAGAGAAGAAAAAGGCGCGAAAGCGGAAGGCCGGCAGCGUCGUCGAUGACGAAGAUGGCGACGGCGAAGCCAAGAAACGCAAGGCGUCGCCCGAAAUCAUUCCCAAAAUGAAGCAGGUCGGCUUUUCUCAAUAUUAAUGGUCGAGGACAAGAUUCAAUUAGUGAAAACAAUUAUAUUAAAUGUGCAAUGCCUGUUUUUCACUCUUUAAAGUGAACAGGCGAAACAAUAAAAUUAAAAUGUUACUUUUUCAGCUUUUGGAUGUUAUCCUUCAGUACCAAACUCAGGGAGGACGAAGAGUCGCCGAAAUGUUCGAAGAAUUGCCUUCUCGAAAGGUUUAUAAAGCCGAAGAUUUUUUUUACUUAUUUUUGUUUUUUCAGGAACUUCCUGACUACUAUUUGAUUAUCCCCAAACCCAUGGACUUCAAUAGAAUUUCAAAGAAGAUCGACGCCGGGCGGUUUGUAAAAAAAACCAAAAUGUUAUCAAAUGAUUUUUUGAAGGUACUGCACGAUAGAAGAAAUGAGUGCGGACAUUGUAUUGCUUUGUGAGAACGCGAGGGUUUGUUCACAUGGAUUAUCGGUUUUGAAGAUUGAGUAUUGAUUCAGACGUACAAUGAAGAGAACAGCGAGCUUUUCAACGAUUCUCUGCUUCUGGAGGCCGUUUGGAAACGGAUCACCGGCGCCGUAGCAGCAAGUUUCGCGGCGGUCGCUGUGGUCCGUUCUUUUCUCACUUUUUUUUUGUCUUAGCUUCAAUUUAACCUAAUUUCACCUGGUUCAGGCAAGCUCUGCCGAACCAGCUUCUGCCACUCCAGAAGCCAGCUCCUCCUCCUCAGCUGCACCUCUGGAUGCGUCUUCCAGUCGGAACAGUCGAGAGGGAUCUCCCAAAACGGUUUGAUUCUUAUCUCAGUGUUUCUCCAAUCUCUUGGUUUUCCAGGAAGGCUCCACGGGAAGACGCAAGUCGAAGCCUGUCAAACGCAGCGACACCAACGGCGACGAGUCUGAUUGA